AUGUCAUUAUGGCUACCACGCGCCCCGCCCUCCCACCUCUUGCGCGCCUGUAGUCGGCAUCCCCACCUCCUUGUCGGUGUGCGCACCUACGUGCUUGCCUCCGCGUCGCAAAGCGUCCGCCUCCCGCUGCACCCACUAUAUGCGCACGGGUUGCCCCAGGCAUCUUCUAUUGGCGUCCGACAGCUGCACUCUUCGCCUCCCCAGAACGAGCCCUCGCCCUCGAGCAGUGACAAGCCCCUCCCGCCAGCCCCGAAGGAGGACGCGCCAGUCGCCACGCGUGUAUGGAAGAAGGUCAAACACGAAGUCCAGCACUACUGGCAUGGCAGCAAACUUCUCGCCGCCGAAGUGCGUAUCUCUGGGCGACUGCAGUGGAAGCUGCUUCACGGCGAGUCCUUGACGCGUCGAGAGCGACGACAACUCAAACGUACGACCCAAGACUUGCUUCGCCUCAUCCCGUUCGCUGUCUUCGUCAUCGUUCCGUUCAUGGAGCUGCUCAUCCCGGUCGUCCUCAAGAUCUUCCCCAACGCGCUUCCGUCUACGUUUGAGGACAAGUUCGCUGCCGAGGAGAAACAACGCAAGCUCCUGAGGGUCCGCCUCGAGAUGGCCAAGUUCCUCCAGGAGACCCUCCGCGAGUCCGGUCUAAAGGCAAACGCGCACAUCGUCGGCAGCGACGCGUUCAAGGAGUUCUUCCGCAAGGUCCGCUCUACCGGCGAAUCGCCCUCGACCCAAGACGUGAUCAACGUGGCGCGCCUCUUCGACGACGACCUCACGCUCGACAACCUCUCCCGGCCGCAGCUCGUGUCCAUGUGCCGGUACAUGGCCAUCAACGCCUUCGGGACCGACAACUUCCUCCGGGGCAACAUUCGCGCGCGCCUGCUCCAACUCCGCCGCGACGACGAGGCGAUCGCACGUGAGGGCAUUGACGAGCUGAGCACGGCCGAGCUCCAGGCGGCGUGCCAGAGCCGCGGGAUCCGUACGUUCGACGUUUCUCCUGCGCGCCUCCGCGAGGAGCUCGCGACGUGGAUCGACCUCCAUCUGCACAAGCGCGUCUCGGGCGUGCUCCUCAUCUUGGCGCGCGCGUUCCAGUUCGACCGGAAGCCGGGCGAGGGCGAGGACGGGAAGACGGCGAUCAUCCAGAGCUUGGAAUCCGUGCUUUGCGGCCUGCCGGACAAUCUACUUAGCGAAGCCGAGCUCGAAGUCGACGAUGAGGCUAGCUACAAGCAGAAGCUCGAGGUCCUCAAGCAACAGGAAGAGCUCAUUCAGGACGAAGAGGAGCAGGAACAGCGCGAGGAGGAUGCUCGGCGUGCGAAAAAGGAGGAGGAAGCGCGUUUGGCCGCCUCCCUUUUGCCCGAGUCUGAGCUCCUCCCCGACUCUGCUGCUAAGCCUGAAGUCGUCGAGGAUGACGCCCGUAUGACCACUGAGCAGCUCAAGGAACUCGCUGAGGCCCUCUCUGUCCUGUCCGCCAAAUCAUCGGUGCUCAAGGAGCGCGACGAGCUCCGGGCGCUGAUGGAGGAAAACCUGGCGGCGGAAGAGGACCCCGGCUCCCCGACGAACGCGCUGACGAAGCGCAUCCGGACGAUGCUCGAGAAGAUCGACAAGCAGCUGGAUGCGUACGACGGGCGCGUUGGCUCGACGCUGCAGAUGAUCUCGUGUUCGGCUGACGGACGGAUCUCGGUCGAGGACCUCGAGAAGGCGAUUGCUGUCAUCAAGCACAAGCCGGAUGAGGAGGUUGGGCACAAGGUCAUCGAGAAGCUGGACGUCGACAAGGACGGUUUCGUUGAGCUCGAGCACGUCCUGGGCCUCGUUCGCGAGGAGGGUUUGGGUAUCCUUUUGGAUGACGAGGCGGAGAGCUUGAUCGGACAGGGUCGCGAGAUCAAGAAGGAAAACUUGAAGCCGCGCAAGGAGGAUAUUGUUCAGGAGUAA